AUGCGGGGGUUGACCCAGUACAUCUCGGACCUGCGACAGUGCCGUGUCCGCGAGGCCGAGGAGAAGCGAGUCAACCGCGAGAUGGCGCACAUCCGGCAAAAGUUCAAGGACGGGAACCUCGACGGGUACCAGAAGAAGAAGUACCUGUCUAAAGUCGUCUUCACGUAUAUUCUGGGGUACAAGGUCGACGUGGGCCAUAUGGAGGCUGUCAACCUCAUCAGCAGCAGCAAAUACUCGGAGAAGCAGAUUGGCUACUUGGCGAUCACCCUGCUGAUGCACGAGAACUCUGACCUCGUGCGUCUGGUUAUCAACUCGAUUCGCAAGGACCUUGAGGACCGGAACGAGAUCAGCAACUGCCUCGCGCUGCAUGCUAUUGCCAACCUCGGCGGCAAGGAGAUGGCUGAGGCACUAGGCGAGCCAGUAUUCCGUUCCAUGAUCAGCCCCACCUCCACCUCCUUCGUUAAGAAGAAAGCGGCUCUCACCUUGCUGCGGUUGUACCGUAAGCACCCGAGCGUCAUGCCCGUCGAGGAGUGGGCUGAGCGCAUCAUUCCGCUCAUCGGCGAGCGCGACCAGGGUGUGGCGAUGACCGUCGUCAGCGUCGUCACCGCCAUGGCGCAGGACAACCUCGAGGUUUUCUCUGCCUGCUACCAGCGCGCAGUGGACAGGUUGGACAAGAUCGUGUUCGACUCUGAGACGCCCGCGACAUAUGUCUACUACAAGGUGCCCAAUCCAUGGCUCCAGAUUAAGCUUCUCCGCUUGCUCCAGUACUACCCUCCCCCAGAUAACCCGGAAGUCAUUGAGAUGGUCAACGGCGUGGUGCAGGCUAUCAUCGACAUGUCACAGGAGACCCCAAGAAAUGUCCAACACAACAAUGCUCAGAACUCGGUCCUCUUCGAGGCCAUCAAUCUUGCCAUUCACCUCGACCCAGAAUCCAAGGUGGUGUCCAAUGCCUCCGUCCUGCUCGGCAAGUUCAUCUUAGCCCGCGAGACCAACGUGCGCUACCUGGGCCUUGACGCCAUGGCCCACUUGGCCGCCUGCUCGACGUCGCUUGAGCCAGUAAAGAGACAUCAGGACACCAUCAUCCUCAGCCUCAAGGAUCGGGACAUCUCUGUGCGCCGCCGUGCGCUCGACCUCCUAUACUCGAUGUGCGACACGACCAACUCGAGGCGAAUCGUCGGCGAGCUCCUGCGCUACCUCCAAGUUGCGGACUACAACCUGCGUGAGGAGAUGGUCCUCAAGAUCGCCAUCUUGACUGAGCGAUUCGCAACAGAGUACGAGUGGUACAUCGACACCAUCCUUGAGCUCAUUUCGACGGCGGGCGAUCACGUCGGCGCCGAAGUCUGGUACCGCAUUGUCCAGCUCGUCACCAACAAUGAGGACCUCCAGGCAUACGCAUCGGCAGCCGUUUACUCCCAUCUUCAAGCCCAGCAGUGUCACGAGAACAUGGUCAAGGUCGGCGGGUACAUUCUCGGCGAGUUUGGACACCUCAUCGCCAACGAACAGGGAUGCAGUCCGAUAGAGCAGUUCCACGCUCUCCACUCCAAGAUCAACAUCUGCACCGCGCCUACCCGCGCUCUGCUCUUAACAACGUACCUCAAGUGGGUCAACCUGUUCCCCGAGAUUAAGGAGCACUUGAUCAACAUAUUCCGGCGAUACACCCACGUUCUCGACGCGGAACUGCAGCAGCGCGCAUGCGAGUACUUGGCCCUGGCCACCCGGGACGAUGACGACGAGCUCCUACAGGCUGUAUGUGAUGAGAUGCCGGUAUUCCCUGAGCGUGAGUCCGCACUCAUCUCACGGCUACACAGCCGCGGAGACAAGGCGCAGGAUAAGCGGACAUGGGUCAUCGGGCAUCAAUCGGAGAACAAGGGCCGUGUCGCAGAGAAGUUCAAGAACUUCCGCAAGGGCUCAUCUGCUCCUGACUCGCCAGUCGAUGCGCAGCCGGUGAUGGCCCAGCGCUCGGCGCCUCAGCCGCAGCCAACGAUACUCGAACCACCACAGCGGCAAGAGACAGUCGAACCUAUGAUGGGAGCGGCUGGCAUGUCGGACGACAUCAUGGCGUCAUUGGCCGGCCUAGACCUCACGUCCACACCAACAGGCGAGGGCUUACUGUCCGGCAACAUUCGGAAUGGCACGAUAACUGGCGAGCCCGAGGUGAUGACUCCGCCGGUGCUAUCUCCUGCGACAGAGCGUCCCGACGACUUCCAGCACAAUGCCACUCUUGGCGGUGUCAACCCUUCCCUCCUUGGCCCCGUCACCGUUGCGCCCAACAUCGACAAGUGGCUUGAGCGCCUCUCGUACGCCAAUGAGGGUGUGCUGUACGAGGACAAGCAGGUGCAGAUCGGCAUCAAGGCCGAAUACCACGGUCACCUUGGCCGCAUCGCGCUGUUCAUUGGGAACAAGGUCUCGACGCCGUUCACUUCCGUCUCCGCCAAGAUUGAGAACACGACGCCGAAUGCGCUGGACGUAAAGUUCCACGACCUGCCCGUCGACCGGAUCGAGCCGCUCGCUCAGAUCCAGGAGAUGAUCCAGCUGGAGUGCAAGAGCCCGUUCUCUGACCAGCCUAUUCUGCGAUUCACAUACCUGGCAGGCAGUUUCACGACGCUGGUGCUCCGUCUCCCUGUCUUCCUCAACCGCUUCAUCGAGGGUGUCAACUUUGACCAAGCGCAGUUCUUCGAGCGCUGGAAAAUUAUCGGCGGCCCUCCGCGUGAGGCGCAACUGAUCUUCCCAAUCAAGCUCACAGACGCCGGCAACGUCGACCUCGAGCGAAACCGGCGCGUUAUGGCUGGCCAGCGCGUCACUGUACUCCCCAACAUCGACCACAACCCCAACAACCUUGUCAUUGCUGGUGUUCUGCACAUGACCAAGGUGGGGAAGGUGGGCAUUCUGGGGCGAUUGGAGCCCAACAAGGACGCAAAGCUGUGUCGCCUGACUGUGCGCAGCACCAACGAGGCUGUAUCCGCCGAGUUACUCAAGCUUUUAGGUCGGCCGCUGAAUGAGGACGUCGCAACAUCGCUCUAG